ACUUAUUCCUACACUUAUAACAUCUAUAUGUCCAUAAGGAUAGAUUAUAAUAAAUAAAUAGUUUUAUUAACAAACCUACAACGGCAUUUGUGUUGUUAAGAUACCAAAGGAGCAUCAUGAUUCCCCCCCCUCCUUCAUCAUAUUUGAUUUGUUUAUAUAUAUUUCAAACUGAUUUGUGUGUAUAGCACCAUACAAUACAUUUUCCCAUUCUUUACUUAUUGCCUUCUAGUUUUUAAUCGGUAAAAACCACAACAGCUACUGUGACUGAAUUAAUCUUCUUUUUUUUUUUUUUAAUUUUUCACUCUCUCACAAAUAAAGGGGGUUUACAUAAUUGUAGUAUCUAAUGCACAAAUACAAUAAACUGUAUUUUUCUCUAAAUAAUAAUGACGAAAAAGAAAAGUGAGAAAUGAUGAAAGCGACUAAAUGAUGGAUGUACAACACAGACAUUAAUGAUGAUAAUGAUUGAAUGUUAUUUAUUAGAAUUCACACUUGAACAACGAGUACAUGAAUAAACUCAUGUUAAAAUGUACCAAUACACUACAGUUAUUACUGAUUAUUACCCCCAACACCAACACCACCACAACUACCACCACCACUACCAACCCAAGGAAUUAUAACCGUUAAUAUUAUUUAUCAGAAAUCAAGAAUACUUUGUUUUUCUCUCUCAUAGUGUAUGGAAUGAACACAAAUUUCUCAUUUGAAUUAUAAAAUCUGUAUGAUAUCUUAAUUACAUAAUCAUAACGAUAACAUUUCAAUCUGGUAACUAAACAGUGUGGUAAUUUGAUCAACAUUAAAUUUUCAAAAGAAUAAAGUAAAUCAAGUAUCAGAAACUAAUAGAAUUUACGAUCAAAACGAAAAAAAUGUGGAUUAUUUUAAUCUUGUUAACAAUCAAUAUUAUCCCCCAAAAUAUUGAUUUUCUCUAUGGUAACAAUCAUGAUAUCGAACAAUCCAAAUGGAAUAUUAAUAAACAACAACAACAAAUUCGUAACAUUCAUAAUCUUUCUAAUUAUGUCAUAUUAAAGAAUCAAAAUAUCGAUUUGUUCAAUUUCAUUCAAAGAAUUAAACGAUCCAAAUCAAACGAUGUAAAAGAUCAUCAUUCAAUGGAGAAUAAUAAAGAAUUGAAUAACUCGAAUAAGAAUAAUAAGAAUGAUCGUUCUAAUGAUGAUGAUGAUGAUCAUAAGAAUAAUGAUCCUAUUCCAAAUGUUAUAGAUAAUAAUGAACAUUUAAUAAAUUCUAACAGUAAACUGUCUAGUUCAUCUAAUUAUCAUCCAUUAAGUUCUAAUCAAUUAUUACAUAAUUCAAUGGAUCAUGAAAAAGUACUUAGACCAGAGAAAUGUAUACCAAUUGAAAUACCAUUAUGUAAAAAUAUUGGUUAUAAUUUAACUUAUUUACCAAAUGCAUUUAAUCAUGAAACACAAGAAGAAGCUGGUUUAGAAAUUUUCUUAACUAACCAUUGGAAAUAUGGAAACGAUGGACAUUCGUUUCGUUCUAGUCUGGGGCUUCUCAGAGAUGUGCAUCUACAAUCUCACAACUGUGUAUCGAACCCAGGACCUUCAGUCACCCACAAACUCCUAACCUCUAGAUCACUGAGUUGAGAUCCUCGUUUUUGAUGUUUGUCUAAGUUAGAUCGGUUUAUUAUCCUAAUGAAGUUCAACAAUAUUCACAUCCUUAUAUUGACAAUUGUUGUUUGAUCACUAGCGACUAGCUUUGAGAAUUUUCGAAUUUCUAGUGAGAAGUUGGUACGAAUGGAGUUUAACUGUGUUGAAUGUAAAGAAGUUACCAGUUGAAAAAAAUGGAACAUGUUCAUCAAUUCUAUCCUUUGGUUGAAAUUAAUUGUUCAGAUGAUUUAAGAUUAUUUUUAUGUAGUAUGUAUACACCAAUUUGUUUACCAAAUUGGCAUUAUCGUUUAACUGCAUGCAAAUCAUUAUGUGAAAGUGCACGUGAUGGAUGUAUGCCAGUUAUGCGUACUUAUGGAUUUGGUUGGCCUGAAAGGAUGAAUUGUGAUCUUCUACCAGAAGGAAAUGAAUGUGUUAGUCGAAGUAAUACACCAAACAAUAGAAAAGUGACAUCUUCAUCAUCAGCAUCAUCAUCAUCUUUACCUUCUGGUGAACAACAAGUUGGAAUGAUCCAUAAAGAUACUACUAUUACUACUACUACUAAUAAUAAUGAUCAUAAGAUGAAUGAUAUUAUACUUGGAAAAGGUGUAGAACUAUCAUCAACUAAUGAAUUAUCUAAUUUUAUUAAACAAAUUCAUUUAUAUAUAAAUCCAACUUUAUCAAAUGAUAAACAAUAUUCAAAUCAUUCAAAUAUCCCACCAUCAGAAAUAAUAAAUCAAUUACAUGAAUAUUUAACAACAAAUAUAAAUUCUCAAAAAAUCAAUAAAAAAUCUAAUGAAAUCAAUAAAAAAUCAAUUCAAUCUAAUCAAAAUUUAUUUAAUCUCUAUUUAUGUUUACCAUGUAAAUGUUAUGAUCCAUUUAUAAAAUGGAUAAAACCAUCAUUGAAUGAAGUUAUGACUGAUCAUAUAAAAAAUUGUUUACCAUCAUGUUAUUAUCCAACAUUUAAUAAUCAAUCUGAUAAAACAUUUAUAACAUUUUGGCUUAGUUUAUGGUCUAUAUUAUGUAUUCUAUCAACAUUAUUAAUAAUGAUCACAUUUCUAGUUGAUUCAAAUCGUUUUCAAUAUCCGGAACGUUCAAUUAUUUAUUUAUCAACAUGUUAUUUUAUGAUUGCUAUUGGUUAUAUAAUAAGAGUUUGUAUAGGACAUGAAUUGAUUGCAUGUAAUGGAUUAAUGCUUAGAUUCAAUACAACUGGACCUAUACAAUGUAGUAUUGUAUUUUUAUUAACAUAUAUAUUUGGUAUGGCAUCAUCUAUAUGGUGGAUUAUAUUAACAUUAACAUGGUUUUUAGCUGCUGGAUUAAAAUGGGGCACUGAAGCCAUUGCAAAAUAUUCUCAGAUCUAUCAUUUUUUUGCAUGGUUUAUCCCUGGUACAAAAGCGAUCAUUAUAUUGAUUUUAUCAGCAAUUGAUGGUGAUCCAAUUAGUGGUUUAUGUACUGUUGGUUCAAUUAAUUUAUAUUAUUUACGUAUAUUUAUCCUUAUUCCAAUGUGUAUUUAUUUAAGUUUAGGUACAAUCUUUUUAUUUGCUGGUUUUAUUGCUUUAUUUAAAAUACGUAAUGAAAUUAAAUGUCAAACUCGUAGUCAUUUAAAAACUGAUAAAUUAGAGAAAUUAAUGAUUCGUAUUGGUAUAUUUAGUGUAUUGUAUAUUGUCCCAGCAACUAUUGUUAUAGCAUGUUAUUGUUAUGAAUUAUAUUAUCGUGAUUUAUGGAAUAAAGGACAUAAUUGUCCAUGUAUUACAUUAUCAUAUAUGAAAGAUUUAACACAUCAAAAUCAAUUAGAUCAAUUAAGAUCAUUAUUUAUGAAUCAUGAUCAUGAUGAUCAUGAUCAUGAUCAUACAUUAUCAUUAAAUGAUCAAAUGAUAAAAGGUAAACAUGGUAUUACAUUACAUUUAAAUCCACCAGAAUAUGUAAAUGUUCAACCGGAAUAUGCAGUGUUUAUGUUAAAAUAUUUUAUGUCACUUGUUAUUGGCAUUACAUCAGGAUUUUGGAUAUGGUCUAGUAAAACAGUGAAUUCAUGGCAAUUAUGUUUAAAACGUUUAUUUCAUUGUUCAUAUAGAACAAAUUCUAAAUGUCAUCAUCAAAGAGCAGUAUCUAUUGGUGUUUUAAGUCAUACUGGAGUACUUGUACCAAAUCGUUCACCACCACCACCACCACCACCACCAUCACUACCAAAUCCAGGUACAAUGAAUUGGAAUACAGGACAAUCAAAAGUUUGGAUGAAUAGUAAUAGUCAUUGUAAAUUGUCAAAUGGAUUAAAUCUAGGUGUUAAUAAUUGUACAACAUGGCAAGAUGAUUACAUUUCUAAUAAUCGAUUACUUCCACAACCUCCAUCAACAAAUCUUGAAUGUCAUCAUUCUACUGGUAUUCAUAUAAAUCAUACAAUGCCUAUUCCAGUUGGUUCAGUUAUUGGAACAUCAGGUUUACAAGUUAAUUCAGGAUCAUUUACUAAUGGUCCAUUAGAUGGUACAGCCAUAAGUGGAGGUAGUGGUACAAGUUUACCUGGACAACAACAUAAUGGACGUAAAAUUGAUGCCAAUAAUCUAUUUCUUAUGUCGUCGGUACCAAUAACACAUAUCUGAACAAUUCAAUUCAAUUCAUCUAUAAUAUUAUAUAAACACUCAUAUAACUAUUAAAGCCUUUUCCAUCCCGGUCUAUCAAUAAUAUCAUAUAAAACAUCAUAAACACUAUGAAAAGGUAUCAGUUACCAAUUCUAACUUAAAUCACAAUUCAAUUUACAUUGGUAAAACUUACUAUUAACCUUUCAUAUUGUCAAUAUCAACAUUAAACUACUUAAAUACUGUGGUAAAUAUACCGGGGGGGGAGGAUUUUGUUAUUUCUUUACAUUAUAACUUAUGAAUAUAUAGACUUCUUUUAGUUUGUAAAUGUGAAUAUAAAUUUAAGGCAGCUUAUACAAAGUACUUAAAUUUGUAAAUGAGUAGUAGUAAACAUACUACUGAAUUACAGUCUCCUUUGUUUGUUUGUUUAAAUUUCUUCUCUUCACAUUGAUAUCCAUGUGUAGUUGAAAGAAAUUCCAAAUGGUUUCUUCUUUUCUUUUUGUUUUGUUUUUGAAAUUCUUUCUAUAUUUCAAAAAGUUUUUACAAUUUCAUCAUACCUCUAGUUACUUACUUACUUUACUUAUGCCUGUUACUUCUAAUGGAGCAUAGGUCAACGAAUCAUACCUCUAGUACACUUACAUAAUAGUUUGUAUAUAAUGAUUACAUUCAAGUAACGUAAUCUCUCUCUCACUCUCUCUCUACCUAUCUACCCACUUAUCUAUCUAUCUAUAUGUAUCUAUAGAUGUAUGGUUCAUAAUUUACAACUUUUCAUUCAUUGUAACAAUUGAACAGGAGGACAUGGACAGAAUCAAUCAUUCGAAAUUGGUGCCUUUCUCCUUUUUUUUUCUUUUAUAUCAGUCAAUUAAACAGUUAAACUCAAUGAGAUUUACAUGAUUUGAAUAUAAACAGUUUUGUUUAUCGGCAAAGAAAUAUCUAAAUUUAAUGAUAAUGAUAACAAUACUAAAACUACUACUAUUACUACUAUCAAUAUUACCACUACUAUGACCACUACUACUAAUACUACCACUACCACUACUAGGACCACUACUAUUCUGCCGGUACUAAUACUACCACUACUACUAAUACUAAUACUACUGCCACCAAAAUUUAGUGAGUUAUCAUGGUUCUAUUUAAGAAUUAUGACUUUAGCAUUUUUCUUGUGCAUAAUUUGUGCUUACAUUUGUAAAUAAUAAUAAUACUAAUUUUUGCAUGUGUAUUAAUUGUUAUAGUAAACUGAAUAAAUACACUUAUACAUAGUUAUCAAGUUGUGACAUUAAUAGCUC